GUAGUAGGUUAGGUUGAGGAGGGAUGUCGCGGCGGUUGCUGUUUAGUAUGGAGCCAGAGUAGUUGUGGUUGUGGCUGAGCAGGAGUCUCUGUGUCUUAAGGUUAAUCAGACAGCAGUGCUGCUAAGGUAAAAUUUGCACCGGCUUGGGCACUGCUUUCACCUGCUGUUUUGUUCGGAGAGCUCCAAAUGCCCCGCUUAGUGAAGCGGACGCCGUUCGCCGCCCCGCCUCCAGUGGUCGGGGAGGAGGUUGGAGAUGAGCUGACAUACAAACUGAGGGGAGAGUCGAUGGACGACGACGCACUUGAGGGCUACACAUACACAGAGGUGGAUGAUGCUUCAGUAUUGGGGAAGAGCCGGGUGUUGGCGUCGUCGGCGCACGUCAAUUCCCGGAACAAAUGGCCGGCCCGAGUCUGUUCCAUGUUGUGUUGUAUCAUGAUGUUGACGUUUGUUGCAUUCCUUCUCGCAAUUGUGUACAUUGUGCUCAAAGAUUUGCGUUUGGAAAAAGAAAGCCGCGAGCAUAAUAUCAAGACAGGAAUUUUGGGUCUUUGGAGUUCGUUAAUUUUGGCUUUGAUAGCUGGGGUGUCAUGUUGUAGUUUCUCGUGGACAUUGACGUAUUUUGAUUCAUUUGAACCUGGGAUGUUUCCACCAACACCUCUAUCGCCUGUUCGAUUUAGGAAAAUAACAGGUCAUUCAUUCCAUAUGGGCUAUAAUAUGGCAAUUCUCAAUGGCAUCACAACAGCUCUGGCUAUAAUUUGGUGGUUUGCCUGAAGUCGCCUUUUCCUUCACCAAAAGUGCAUUACUGACUUUUAUUCAGAUAAGCAAGCCUGAAAGUGGUGGCACACAUGAGAAUAUGGUAUAUCUGAAGAUGCCUUUUUGGUUUUAAAUAUAUCUGAUAAUCAGGAUGUACUUUAUUGAUCUGUUAACUUCAGCUUUAAGAAUCCUUAUUAUAGACCAGCUUCUUAAAAUUGCAAUUUUAAAUCUUUUACAUUGAACAUAGUAUUAGUUUUGUUAUACAUUAAUUUAAUAAUUACUAAUUUGUGAUUGGUUAACAAUGCAACACAUUCAGGUAUGUGAUUUUUCUAUUCUCUCAGAUAAAAGUUGGCAGAGUAAAACAAUUUAAAUACAUUAAAUCUUGAAUCAUAGUUGACUGGGAAAAGAACUUUAUCUAAUUGUAAUUAAUCUAUUUGAUAAAGUUGACAGAAAUUAAUGUUGCAAAAGUUGACAUUUUGCUUUUCUGUUUCCUUUGUUGUAUCAAUAGCUGUUAAUAACUUUGCAAAUGCGUUCUAUUUUGCAAAGGGCAAUCUGCCUUGAAUUCUAGGUUGUCUUCUUAAAAUUUGCAAACUUUCACAUUACUUUUAUUUUCUUGCCUUGGACGGACCUUUAUUUUUCACCUUCGUUUCUGAUCCUCUAAUUUUUAAUAUUGGCAUAUUGAAAGUGUUUCCCCAUAUGACAGGGAAUAUCUAAACCCAAGUUUGGGAGAAGGAAAAGCUAGGAUAGAUUAUGAAUGUGUGGGAAUGUAAGUGGCCUAGAGCAUUUUGUUUUUGUCCUUGGGCGUUCACCUGGCAAUUCUGAGCAGAUGAAGUGAAAAGUUUCCAUAAUACCAUCAACUUCAAAGAUUCACUGUUCCAUUAUCUUGAGUUCCAUUGGUUUGGUCUCAAGUGCACUAGGGAAACUUCCACACUCACUUUGAGCAUACUAAGUUCACUGGAAAUGUGUGUAAUCUGUUAAAAGUGUGGUACCAUUCCGAGAAUCAUUGAUAAGCUUGAAUAGGUUCUAGAUAUGGUAAGAAUAAAUCUGAUGAAGGAAAUAUAAAUUUAUGAGCCUGGAUCUUUUUACUUAAUGGGUACAAUCAUACCUAUUACAGUCUCCUUUUGAAAGGAGAAAAUGGUAAAUAUUUGCUGCUAAUUCCAGUGUUAAUAAUCUAUUUCUGUAUUCAUAUUAAUAUAAACAUUUUAUUGUGGCAUGUUCACCUUGUUUUAAAAUGUAAUGAUGUGGAUGUCGUGUUAUUCAGUCAUGUCACUGACUUUGAAGACUACUAAAAUUGGAAAUCAAUUGAGUAACAUCAAAGAAUCAUAAAUGGAUUUGCUUUUAAUUUGCUUUGGUCUGAUAAAAAUGUGUCUUCAAGCUAUAUGUCCCAUUAUCUUUGACUUUUUAAAAGAUGGCAUCCUUUCUGGAGAUAUGGCACUACAGAAGCUAAAAUCUGGAACAGCAUGCAAUCUGGUGGAAAAACUCAGUGAGUUGAGCAGGGUUGGUGGGGAGGAAUCGUUGACAUUUUGAGUUCAGACCCUGAUGUAUACUCAAAGCUAAUUUCCUUUUAUAGUCAUAGUCAUACUUUAUUGAUCCCGGGGGAAAUUGGUUUUCGUUACAGUUGCACCAUAAAUAAUAAAUAGUAAUAGAACCAUAAAUAGUUAAAUAGUAAUAUGUAAAUUAUGCCAGUAAAUUAUGAAAUAAGUCCAGGACCAGUCUAUUGGCUCAGGGUGUCUGACCCUCCAAGGGAGGAGUUGUAAAGUUUGAUGGCCACAGGCAGGAAUGACUUCCUAUGACACUCUGUGUUGCAUCUUGGUAGAAUGAGUCUCUGGCUGAAUGUACUCCUGUGCCCACCCAGUACAUUAUGUAGUGGAUGGGAGACAUUGUCCAAGAUGGCAUGCAACUUAGACGGCAUCCUCUUUUCAGACACCACCGUCAGAGAGUCCAGUUCCAUCCCCACAACAUCACUGGCCUUACCAAUGAGUUUGUUGAUUCUGUUGGUGUCUGCUACCCUCAGCCUGCUGCCCCAGCACACAACAGCAAACAUGAUAGCACUGGUGUUGGAAUCAUGAUGCACCACAGUAAUUCCUUGAUGCAACACAGACUUCUAAGCCCAAAACAAAUGCUGCUUGACCUAUUGAGUUUCUUCACCAGAUUGUUGGUUGCAUCUUUUGUAAAUGGCUGUGAAAAUCUGAAAUAUCUUGUAUUUUUAAGAUCUGCACUCAUUGCUAUUCUUCACCAUUCUUAUGGAACUUUUUAUAAACUAAUUAUUGCAAUUAUGAAUUCAAUAGGAUUCUUUAGAUCAAAAAUAUUUGAUCUUCAUAAGGAACUGUUAAUAAUUCAAGCUUGUUAAUGAAUGUACAGAAUCACUGUGAUCUCGAAUGUUUGUUUCUUUUUCUAUUAAGGUGAUUUGCUGAGGAACUGUUGCCAUUUAAUUGGGUCCUGAUUUGCUAUUUUGGAUAGUGUGACUAUGUCGGGGAAAGUGAAAGGAAAGGGAAUGAGUCAGCAAUCUAAUCUUUUCACUCAAAGCUGAUUUCCUAUUAUGUUGGAAUCAUGCCCAGCACAAAAAAAAUGUGUUGUGUUUUGAGUGAAAUCAUCUCAGCCACUGAAUAUCUCUGCAGGAGUUCCUGAGAGUAGUAUGCUUGGUCAAUUAUCUUCAGCUAUGUCAUCAAUGAUCUACCUGCUGUCGUAAGUUAAGAAAUAAAAGUGUUUGAAGAUUCUACAAUGUUCAGCACUAUGCAUAUUGCGGUUCAGAUAAAAAACAGUCCAUCUCCAAAUGCAGCAAGAUCUGUACAAUGUCCACACUUGGUCUGAUAGAUAGCAAAUACCAUACAUGCCAUCCAAUGACUAUGCAGCAAGAUAAAAUCUAGCUAACACCACAAAUUUAGCAGUAGACAAGAAGGCACAUAGGACAACAUAUAAGACAGAGGAGCAAAAAGGCCUUUCAGCCCAUCGAGUCUGCUCCUCCAUUUCAUUAAAGCUGAUCCUGGAUCCCACUCAACCCCAUACACCUGCCCUGUAAUAAGGUUAGUAUGAAUCUAAGUAUAAGCAAGGUGGCUAAGAUUUCCAAUGAAAGGAAAGAGAGUGAGUCAUAUACACCAUAAUAGCUCAUUCAAUGUGCACUUCAUUCACUCACUUCACUAUGGACGCAGCACAGCAGCAGCUUUUCUAGAUGAUGUUUUGAAGCAACUAACCAAGACUUUUCAAACAGUGCCUUCCAAUCCCAUGACUUCUACCAGCUAGCAAGACAGGCAACAGAUGUGUAGCAAUGCCACCACCUGGAAUUUGCCUUCCCAUCGAUGCUCCAUCCUGAUCUGGGAAAAAUGAAUUACAUUAUCCUGGCAAUCCUCAGCAUUGUGGGUAUACUACACCUCAAGGACAGCAGAGGUUUAAGAAAGCAACUCCCCACCAGCUUCUCAAGGCCAAUCAGAGGUGGACAAGCCCAUAAUCCACAUCCCUCGAAUAAUAAUUUUUAGAAAACUAAGGAAUAAAAAUCCUCCUUAUCACAGAUGCAAAAUACCAUUUGGCUUAUUCUAUUGAUUUUGUACCUGAAGGUUUUACCUUUUUGGAACUAUAAAGCUCGUAAAACAAAGCUGGGUAAGAGUUAAAUUCCAAAUAAAUUCUCAAUUUAUUGGCCAAAAAUGUAAUAUUUCUGUUGAAAGUUCAAUCAAAUUCUCUACCCCCCCCCCCC